UUGCAUCGUUUUAGCCACAGAGAAGCCAGUAAGUGAGAGGUGGUCCAAUUAUACACUACUAUAGAAAUGAAGAAAAGCCUCAUUUUGUAAGAAAGACAUCAUUCUAUGAUUCUACUGCAUCACUGAACUACUCUCAUCAGUAUUUCUUUGGAUGGUCAAUUGGUCAUUGGUCAAAUAUCUCCCUAGUCCCCACAAGGCCAAACCCUCUUCAAAGUACCUAGUCUGCUAAACUUGGGCCGAGUUGACACGUGCCGGGUUUCGAUCCCGUAAAAUCCUUACCAUAUAAAAUUAUUACUCCAUAGUAAGAAAUUAAGUUACUACUCCGUACCAUUUUCAUCUUUUUUUGCACCAAAAGAAACCAUUCUCAUCUUCAAAGAAUCACAACAAAAAAUGGAUUUUACUACCCAAAAAUACUAUCAACCCACACCUUUAUUUGCAUCAUCACAAGUGGAAUCACAAGAAGGAAAAGCAAAGGGAAACCCAUUUGCAGAAUCAAUAUUAAACAGUAAUCACAAUGCAGUGGACCCAAUUUGCAAGCUCAAUCUGAGAGAAACAUCAGAUUUUGUCAAGUCAUUACCAAUGAGUACUCACAAUGGGACUCAAUCAGCACAGAGAAGAAGAGAUAGUUUUGGGAAUUCAAUGACAAGGAAAAUGGAGGCUCCUUCAACACCAGGCAGACCUGUUUUUAGCUUCAGUGUUUCAAGAAAAAGUGUUCCUUCUAAAUGGGAAGAUGCAGAAAAAUGGCUUUUCAGAGGCGGCAGCGGCGGCGGCGGCGGAGGUGGUGGUUCUUGCCAUGAAUCACCUGCUCAUCAUGCUUUCAAUCAUCAUAACAACAAUGAUAAUAAAAUGAUGAUUAAGCAAAGUGAUGUGAGUUCAAAUUCAAAAGCAAUAUUAAAUGAAGUAAUAGCAGAGAAAUUCAGGGUAAUUGAAGAAGAAAAGAUUGCAAAAGAGACAGUUCAAAAGUUUAUUAAUUGCCCUGCUUCUGCUACUGGUGCUUCUAUGGAGGACCACCACCAUCAUCAGCAACAGCAACAGCAACAGAAACUGAGUUCAGCUAUCACUUUCAAUGGGGUCAUAAUUCCUGCAGAUUUGCCUCUAAAAGACAAAUUCACAGAUGAAAUGAGUCCUUAUAUCACCAAUUUCAGAUACUCAGAGCCUACAAAAGAGGCAUUUUUGUUCAAAAGUCACAAUUUUGACAACAAUAAUAAUAAGGCUAUGACAGAUGCAAGUACAGAAGUGAUCCCAUUUGAAGAGGUGAAACACAGAGAUUUUGGCACUGAAAUGACCCCUUUAGGCAGCUCCACUACCUCAAGGUGCCACACACCCUUCAAGAGUUCCUCACCUGCCCGUCACAACACUCCGGCUAGCCGGUCCGGUCCAUUAGCAUUGAUGGAUCAACCCACUAGCCCAAUUAACAUGACUCAAUUACAAGAGUGUCAUUUUGCCAAGCUCCAAAUUGGAUCAACCCCAUUUGAUUCGGUUACGACCAAUUGGAGCUCCAAAGAAGAGGAGGAAGAGGAGAUAUCCAAGAGUUUAAGGCAUUUUGAAAUUGGUAGGAGGAGUGUUUCUGUUUCUGAGUCCAGGGCAUGUGCUUGGGAAGAAGAGGAAAAGACCAAAUUUUGUCUUAGGUACCAAAGAGAAGAGGCCAAAAUUCAAGCAUGGUUAAAUCUUCAAAAUGCCAAAGCAGAAGCUCAAUCAAGGAAACUAGAGGUGAAAAUACAGAAGAUGAGGUCAAAUUUAGAAGAGAAGUUGAUGAGAAGGAUGUCAAUAGUUCAUAGAAAAGCAGAGGAAUGGAAAAUAGCUGCACAAGUUGAGCACUCAGAGCAAAUUAGGAAAGCAAGUGAACGAGCCCAGAAGCUGAUAAUGAACCACCACCAACACCCCAACUCCAAUCUAUCUCCUCACAUUGUAUCAUGUGGUUGCUUCCCUUGUACUUCUUAAUAGUAGUAAUCAUAAUAAUACAACAUUCAUACAAGUUAUUAGUUCAAACACAUGUUCUCAAGUUACUAAUUUCCUCCACCUGAAAACUAAUGUCACAUUUGCGUACAUUGUUA